AAGAAAUAUUCUGUUAAGAGAUACUCCAGUCCCUCAACGGCACACGUACUUUAACUACAGAACUCCUUGUUUUCUUGUUCAGUUCUUUAAGUUCGGCCUCUGCACACUGUGGGGAUGGUUGCACAACUUUAAACAACAGAUAUCCAGCAGAAGAGCAGCUGAACCUUUUAAAGUCAAGACUACACUUGGAUACGAGAAAUGGCAUCCAGUGGAAGUCUCAUAACCGAGGAACACUUGCUUUGUCCCAUCUGUCUUGACGUCUUCACUAAACCAGUUUCUACUCCUUGUGGACACAACUUCUGCAUGUCCUGUAUUAUGUCCUACUGGGACACCAUACCUGCCUGCCAGUGUCCUAUCUGUAAGGAGGAUUUCACAAGCAGACCCAACCUUAAGGUCAAUAUCUUCAUUGCAGAUAUGUUGUCACAGUUCAUGUCUCUUCAUGUGACUGACACUCCCACCCAGAGGUCAGCAGGGCAGCAGCAGAUCAGCUCUGGCAGCGAGGUGCGGUGUGACAUCUGUACGAACCAAGCGGUGAAAUCCUGUCUGGACUGUGUCACUUCAUACUGCGGCAGUCAUCUAGAGUCGCAUUUUAUAGCUUCUGAACUAAAGAGACACAGAUUGAUUGAACCCUUGAUGAAUGUAGGGGACAAGAUCUGCCGGAAGCAUCACAGGCUGAUGAUGCUGUUCUGCAGAAAUGACAACUCAGUGCUUUGUGACUUCUGCGUUGGCUCGCGACACACGAGCCACGAAGUGGUUACUGUGCAGAGGGGAUACGAUGAUAUGACGUAUCAGCUGGGGCAGUCUGAGGCCAAGGUGCAGCGGAUGAUUCAAGAAAGGAUGCAGAAGCUCCAAAGCACGACAGAGUCGCUCAUACAAAGUGAAUCAGAAACAAAAAGGAUGAUAGAAAACAGCACUCGGGAUCUAACAAAGUUGGUGUCUGAUAUCAAGAAGACCCAGGAGGAACUCAUCAAGGUGGUCGAGGAGACGCAGAAAACAGCCGAGGAACAGGCAAAGGGGUUCAUUACAGACAUAGAGAAGGAGAUUUCUGGUUUGAUGGAGACAGAAAAGAAGUUAGGGGAACUAAAGGAGAUUAAAGACCAGGUGUGUUUUCUCCAGAGGUACCCAAACCAGUCCCUCCUGCCACAGACCAUGGACCUGUCCACAUACAGCUUCAACAGGCACCUGCAGGUGCAGCACAUGCAUAAAUCAGUGACAAGCUCAAUAUCUCAGCUACUGGCCUUACUGGGAAAACUAAACGAGGAAAUCAACAGAUUCUCAAACAGCACAGACACAUCAAACGAGAUGGCGCUCAGGUACAUGCGGCAGUACGAGGUGAACAUCGUACUGGAUCCUGACACAGCUCACCCCAUGCUUAGCUUAUCCGCUGACGGGAAGCAAGUGUGGUACAACAUCGGCACGGGUCUAUGGGGACACCAGACUAGGAUGGAACCCAACAUGUUCACUGAACAUCUUGCCGUUGUGGGGCGGAGAGGCUUUUCUUCUUGCAGGUUUUACUUUGAGGUUCACGUGGGUCAGAAGACUGAGUGGUGUCUGGGCGUGGCAACGGCGUCGCUCCAAAAAACUGGGGCAAUAAUUCGGAGUCCAAGCUCCAGACUAUGGGCCAUCUGGUUCCUGUUAGAUAAGUUUGAAACCUUUAGCUCUCCGGGCGAGCCGGUAUACGUAGGGAAAGUGGAGCAUGUCGGGGUUUUUGUUGACUGUGACAGAGGUCAAGUAUCGUUCAUUGAUGUAGUCAGAGCGGCACCGAUUUACUCUUUUACUGAGUGUUUAUUUACAGAGGAGCUGUAUCCGUACUUUAAUCCCUGCGACAAUGAGUAUGGUUCAAAUCUGGAUCCAAUGAUAAUUGUUCCAAUUUCUUCUACAGAAUGAACAGAGUAUUUAGAGAUCAGUUCUUUGAAACAAAACUGUUUUCAAAAGGCAGCAUACGGAGAAUAUUUCCAAAAGCAAAAUCCCUCGCAUUCUUUCACCAAGGUCCGGUUCAGAUGUAAGCUUUAAGUGUAGGUUUUUUUAUGCGUGCCCACAAUUCUCUGCUGGUAUUUUCCUUGCUUCUCCUAUAUUUUGUUGGGAGGUUUCUUUAAACAGUAAUCUUUGGGUGUCAGCAAAAGAAAGAAUUGGUGUCCAAGGGCCGAAAAAAUAAACACAAUGUCCAAAUCACUAUCAAACACACAAAAGGCUGUCCUGGUAAUGACUGAAAACCCUUUUAAUAAAUUCAUAUUUUGUUGCAAUAUAAAAAUCUCUCUCACUUAAAAAAUCUUAAGGUUAGGAAAGUUUUUUGUUAACGAAAUCAUUGGCUUUCUCUGUUUAUUUGACCAAAUGUGUUGGAUCAUUUUCCUGCCGAAGGACCCAAUGAUGACCCAUUUUCAGUUCAUAAUGCCAUGAAAUCCAACAGACAGGCCCACAGCAUUACUCAUUAUCCACCGUACUUGUGCAGAAGGUUCAUUUUCACAUAUUUAUCCUUUGUUUCACACCAGGCCCGCCUGGAGUGUUUUUCAUUUCACCAAAGCACGCGUUUCUAGUAGCAUUUGGAAAGGUUUACACUUGUGAUGGUAGGACAGAAAAGGGUUUUUCCUAAAAAAAAAAAACAGUCUGCAUGCAAACACGAGGUAAAGGCUGUUAUGGAGAUGUUUUGUUGCAUUUCUCUAACAGUGAGCUUCGUGAGCUUUUUUAGCCUUCUUUAUCAUCCUCUAAAAGUGGGACUUUUGAUUUAUCGUGAUAACAUUAAACUGUCAUUAAUUUUUACUGACCCCCAAAUCUGACAGAAUGGUUGGGAUUGAUACUCAAACUGUUUGAACGACUCUUUCCAUGAGAGUAUUAUUAAAUUUAAAAAUAUAAUAUUACACUAUUUAAUGGCACCGGUGUACUGAUUUAACCUAAUAAUUGGUUAGUUUUAUUUUUCAAAGCUGUGUUUGUUGGGUUCUGACAACAUAGAGUGAAGGAUUUAUAGCCAAACCUACACCAAUUAAAAUGUUUUAUCCUCAUCAAAGUAAAUACAACAAAGCAAUUAUGGUAAAAUUUUAAGCCUGUAUUACCAACAGAUAUUUCCAUUAAAAAGUAAAGUAUAAUUAAAAGAAAAUGGUUUGGUUAGGUUUAUUUUAAAGGGAUUAUUACGGUUACCAAUAACUGUGCCACCAGUGGAUUUAUUAAAAACAUUUAUUUCUAAACAUGGGAUUUUUUUGAAUAAAUGUCCUCAGAUUAAAGCUUGGAUUUUUAUACAUUUGCUCCUGCAAUAAAAAACUUUUUUUAGUUUAUUGUUUUUUACACAUUUUUCCCAAGGCUCCCAACACAGCCUUUUGUAGAAAAUUUCCAGAUGCUGCAACUUUCUACAUGGAUUGUAAGGAAGCAUGGAUAUGUUUCUUUGCUUCUGAAACUAUUUGCAGAUUGUGUUUUAUUUCUUACUGUGAUUGAUUUAUUUAGAGACCAACACCUUUGUAAAUAAAGUCACGAAAAAAGUUAAGUAUUGUAAGCAUUUGUAAAUGCUUCAGACAUCAAUGUGUGGAGAACACAAAUGUCACUGAGGCUCAAACAAUAAUCAAAGGGAAGCAACAAACGUUAAAGAUCAGCCGGACAACUGCACCACCAAAACCACCUCACCUCAUGGUACUCCUAUCAGUCUCUGUCAAGUAGUGGCCUUCAGGUAUUCUCCAGGUCUGGUGACCUUAACUCAGUAUCUUGAUUGUUUGGACCCCAGUAACUGUCUGAUCACGCAUCGCUUCACUCCUGAUGCCACCACUUAUGUCCUCUGGUGUCAUACCACACUUUUUAUUACCACAAAGACUAAAAACUAAAAUUAAAGUUAAGGCUGUCUAUAAAAGAAACUCGUCUUACUUUCAUAUUUUAUGAAAUUUAUUUUAUUUAUCCUUUGAGAUGCAGGAACCCCACUGUUCAGAUGAGUUACAGCCAGUCAGUCGCAUUGUUUUUAUCUCUACUACAUCAGAUGCAAUUUUUUUAAUUAAAAAAUGAAAUAAUUUAAAUCUGUGCAUUCUUAACCAUUUCGUAGUCCUGCAGUUUGGUCAUUUCAUAGCCCGAUUUUGUGGGUUGCAACCUGCAGAGGGAGGUUUCAUACGGACCAGGUGGGGACGUCUUAUACUUACGUUGACAACACUAUUAUAUUUGCUAUAACCUCAUGUAAACAAAUGUGGUUAUAUACAGUAUGUCUCAAAUAAAUAAAAUAUGCCAGCAGGGGGAGGAUGGUUUAAGUAUAUGGGUAAGAAAUGGUUUGUUUGCAGGUUUGAAAUUGGAGUAGGAAGGGAUGAAAAGACAAUAAGAAUGAAAUUGGGAUGAGAACUGACAAAGGGACAUAUUGAACUUGAGCAGGAUUGGAUAUUAAGCACAGACAAAAAAAUAAAAUUCAGCAAGCCUCCUUACUUUUAAUUGCAUUUUUGUGCAUUUGUGAACAUCUCUAAAAUGUAAUAUUCCAUUUACCAGUUGUUCCUCCAAUUAUCCCAAAUGUAAAUCCAAAAUUAAACUGAAACUGAGUUUAUGUCUGGAGGAAACCCAAAAUAUUCAAUCUCCAGCUUGAGAAGAGAUCAAAGAAAAAGAUGUCAGAUUAUCAGGUUGAUAAAUCUGACCAGUCUUCCCCAAAAGGCAGAUUAGGCUGCACCUUUAUCUUCAUCAUUUUAAUUUCCCUCUAAAAAUUCACAUUUAGUGCAGCUUCAACGGCAGCAAAGAAGAGAAAGGACCAAUAGUUCAGCACAAACUGAAGACAGAUAUUUACACAGAAUGAGGUAAAUGUUUGCAAACAUUACCGACUUCAUUAAUAAUGCAUCUUUAACUGUAAGUGGGUGAGUUAACAAAGUACAUGGUUUUAAAAUAUUAAACAACUGAACUUGGUGAAGUCGGGUAGAGAGCUGUAAAAAAAGUCACUGUCACAAUGCUGUUUUUUGAUUAAAUUACAUGUUAAUAAUAAAUCUAAUAACAUUUGGACAGAUUUAGCAGAUACUGCAAUAUUUCCCUUUAAAUAUUUGUUUUCAUUUUAAUAUUAAUCCUAAUUUAUUUAUGUUUUUUUUUGUUUGACUAAAUGUUUAAAACAUGACUUAAUCUAUCUUAUUAUCUGUAUGGAAAUGUCAGCAUGUGAACUAAUAAAAAAGCAAGAAGCUCUAGUUUCUUUGUAUAAAAUUGA